AUGGCCAGUAGCUGUUGCAUUGAGAACAUGCCCGUUUUAUCGGAAUCACCGGCAGUCUCGCUGUUGGAAGGAAAACAACGAACCGAUUUGAGACAAAGGGCUACAAACGAACAGGAAAAAAUUCCUGACGACACACCCGACGGUGAGUAUGAAGACAAUCCGGAAAAACGCAAUGAUCAAAAGUGUGAGCAAUUAGCUGGUUGGACUCGAAAACCCUGGCUCCCUGUAUAUCUCCUUCUCGCUGUGGUCCUAGGAAGCUGUGCGUUCACCACCCUUCGUCAGUCUCGAGAUCGUGUACCACCCCUUCUACCGGAUCCAGUGCCACCAGCUACAUGCUACCGUUGUGAUAACUACGCAAAUCUCAUGAUCGGAAAAAAUAUAAACGCCCAGAAGGACGUGGUCAUGAUUAACCAAUUCGGAGGUAAUGUUAUCGGUGCAGGUGGCGUUGGUUCGGAGUUUGGCACCCAGGCAAUGGGUGAACUCUGUGCUGAGCGCGUGAACCGAUCCGCACUGGCUGACUUCCAGUCAGGUGAUGAUUUCUGUGAGGAGAAUCGUUAUAAUGGCUGCUUCAAAAUGGUCACCAAGAGUUACCGUGUAGCCGCCGGUCUGGGGAGAGAACAGUUGGUCGUCACGGUCGUAACCAGAAAUUGUGCUGAGAUACCUGAAACCAUCUCUCUGGGAUGCCAAAAAAUAUACGGGGGUGCAGGCAUGGUGCGAGAGUUGUGUUAUUGCAAAGGUGACUACUGCAAUGGUAUGGCCAAAUUGGAAGCCCCAGCUCUCAUAAAGUUCCUCCUUAUGGCCACACUGAUAUGGUUCCACAAUUUAAUUCAAUUUUGUGCAUGA